AUGUCUGUGGUAAUCGAAACUACGAUAGGUGAUAUUACAGUAGAUUUGUUUAUCGAAGAACGUCCACAGAGUGGAGAAAGUAUUUAUGGUAUAGUAUUGGGUGAACAAGCUCGAUAUUACGAGGCCGAACAAAUGCCAAAAAUUAAACAUACCAGAAGUGGCUUGUUAUCUAUGGUUAAUUGCGGUGAUAAUAUGUUAGGAUCGCAAUUUUUUAUCACGCUCGCACCGGAUCUAUAUUCUUUAGAUGGUGAACAUUGCGUGUUUGGGGAAAUAGUAGAAGGACUUGAAAUUAUUUUAAAAUUUAAUGAAACUAUUUGCGAUGGAGAUUAUAGACCUUAUCAGGAUAUACGUAUAUCUCAUACCGUUAUUUUAGAGGAUCCAUUCGAUGAUCCGAAAGGUUUAGAAAUACCGGAUAUGAGUCCAGAACCUACUAAAGAGGCAUUGAUGAGCGAUAGAAUUGGCGCGGACGAGCUCAUAGAUGAUACAGCGGGAAUGUCCGUGGAGGAAGUUAUGGAAAUGCAAAAGGACAAAGAAGCAAAGGCACGUGCUACAAUAUUAGAAAUCGUUGGGGAUAUACCGGAUGCUGAUAUAGCACCGCCAGAAAAUGUUUUAUUCGUUUGUAAAUUAAAUCCGGUUACUAAUGACGAUGAUUUAGAGAUUAUAUUUAGCCGUUUUGGCAAAAUUAUUGGAUGCGAAGUAAUAAGAGAUAGACAAACUGGUGAUUCCUUGCAAUACGCAUUCAUUGAAUUUGCCGAACGUAAGAGCUGCGAGGAAGCAUAUUUUAAGAUGGACAAUGUUUUAAUCGACGAUAGAAGAAUACACGUUGAUUUCUCUCAGUCCGUAGCAAAAAUGAGAUGGAGGGGUAAAGGGAAAGGUAUUAAAUAUUAUGACGAUAAGGAGAUUGAGGAGAACGAGGAUAGAAAAGGUUAUGAUCGUUUUCACGAGAAGAACGAUCAUCGAAAUAACAAACGUUAUCAUGAAAAAGAGGAAAGAUCCAAGAGGAAAAAUAACAAUGAUGGAAGACACGAGGAAGAUAUAUUGGAACAUAGGAAACAUCAGUAUAGAAAAAAUGAUAAUAGAAGUGAUCGAGAACGUUCUCGCGAUAUUAGAAAUUAUGUUUCAGAAAAGGAUAAAGAUAGGGAGAAUAGGAGGAGGGAUGAUACGUAUGAACAUAGGAGAGAGAAGGAGAAGAAAAAGAAAAAGGAUAAGACCGAUGGUAGUAGGAAUAAAGAUAAAAAUCUUGAAGUGACAGAGGCUCAUGUCUAG